AUGUCAGAGAUACUUGACCUCUCCUUUCUGUCUGAGGUGGAGAGGGAUUUGAUCCUCAGUGUUCUACAACGAGAUGAGGAGCUCCGGAAAGCAGAUGAGAAAAGGAUCAGGCGACUGAAGAAUGAGCUACUGGAGAUAAAAAGGAAGGGGGCCAAGAGGGGCAGCCAACACUAUAGCGAUCGGACCUGUGCCCGGUGCCAGGAGAGCCUGGGCCGUUUGACUCCCAAGACCAACACUUGUCGGGGUUGUAAUCACCUGGUGUGUCGGGACUGCCGCAUCCAGGAAAGCAAUGGUACCUGGAGGUGUAAGGUGUGCACCAAGGAAAUAGAGCUGAAGAAGGCAACUGGAGACUGGUUUUAUGACCAGAAAGUGAAUCGCUUUGCUUAUCACACAGGCAGUGAGAUAAUUAGGAUGUCCCUGCGCCGUAAGCCUGCAGUGAAUAAAAGAGAGAUGCUGGGACAGCCCCUUCUUCAUCAGUCACAGAUGGAUGAUAUCUGGCCGGGAAGAAAGAUCAUUCAGGAGCAACAGAAGAAGCCCAGUAUGCCAUUUGAAGUGCCCAAGCCAAAAAGCGGAAAGAAUGCGCUGGAGGCUGAGAGCGAGAGUCUGGAUAGCUACACAGCUGACUCGGAUAGCCUGUCAAGGAGAGACUCUCUGGAUAAGUCUGGCCUCUUUCCAGAAUGGAAGAAGAUGUCUGCCCCCGCACCUCAAGUGGAAAAGGAAACUCCGCCUGGGGGUCAAAAUGUGAUAUCUGUUGAUGAGGGUGAAAUGAUAUUUAAGAAGAACACCAGAAAAAUCCUCAGGCCUUCAGAAUAUACUAAAUCUGUGAUUGAUCUUCGCCCGGAAGAUGUGGGACAUGAAAGUGGCUCCUUGGGAGACAGAAGCAAAUCUGUCCCAGGCCUCAGUGUAGAUAUGGAGGAGGAGGAGGAAGAAGAAGACAUUGACCACCUGGUGAAGCUGCAUCGCCAGAAGCUAGCCAGGAGCAGCAUGCGAAGUGGUUCCUCCAUGAGUACAAUUGGCAGCAUGAUGAGCAUCUAUAGUGAAGCUGGCGACUUUGGCAACAUCUUUGUGACUGGCAAGAUUGCCUUUUCCCUGAAGUAUGAGCAGCAAACACAGACUCUGGUCAUCCACGUGAAGGAGUGCCACCAGCUGGCCUACGCUGAUGAAGCUAAGAAGCGCUCUAACCCAUACGUGAAGACUUACCUUCUGCCUGACAAGUCCCGCCAAGGAAAAAGAAAAACCAGCAUCAAGCGGGACACCACCAAUCCACUGUAUGAUGAGACCCUCAGAUAUGAGAUCCCAGAAUCUCUUCUGGCCCAGAGGACUUUGCAGUUCUCAGUUUGGCAUCAUGGUCGUUUUGGCAGAAACACUUUCCUUGGAGAGGCAGAGGUUCAGAUGGAUUCCUGGAAGCUUGAUAAGAAACUGGAUCAUUGCCUCCCUUUACACGGAAAGAUCAGUGCUGAGUCCCCGACUGGCUUGCCAUCACACAAAGGCGAGUUGGUGGUUUCAUUGAAAUACAUCCCAGCCUCCAAACUCCCUGUUGGAGGUGACCGGAAAAAGAGUAAAGGUGGGGAAGGGGGAGAGCUCCAGGUGUGGAUCAAAGAAGCCAAGAAUCUGACGGCUGCCAAAUCAGGAGGGACUUCAGACAGCUUUGUCAAGGGAUACCUCCUUCCCAUGAGGAACAAGGCCAGUAAGCGUAAAACUCCUGUGAUGAAGAAGACCCUGAAUCCCCACUACAACCACACAUUUGUCUACAAUGGUGUGAGGCUGGAAGAUCUACAGCACAUGUGCCUGGAACUGACAGUGUGGGACCGGGAGCCCCUGGCCAGCAAUGACUUCCUGGGCGGGGUCAGGCUGGGUGUUGGCACUGGGAUCAGUAAUGGGGACGUGGUGGACUGGAUGGACUCGACUGGGGAAGAAGUGAGCCUGUGGCAGAAGAUGCGACAGUACCCAGGGUCUUGGGCAGAAGGGACUCUGCAUCUGCGUUCCUCGAUGGCCAAGCAGAAGCUGGGAUUAUGAGUCCCUGUCCUUCUCUGCAGGUCCAGCCCUGUCCAGGGCAAGUCGGAGGAAGUGAAGAAACCAAGAGCAAAGAUUUAUAAUUUUGUGUGUGUGUAUGUGUACGUGUGUGUGUUAUGUAUGUGUGUGUAUAAACAUGUAUUUCUACAAUUCUUACUAUGCUAGAGUGACGCAGACUUGUUCCCCUCUUUAAAGCAGGCUCAAGACUAAGGGUCUGUUC